AUGUCUGAGUCGGUGUUCCAAGUUCAGGGCAUGACGUGCGGAGCAUGCUCUGCCUCCGUCACCACCGCCCUCCAAGCCAUUGCUGGCGUAUCGGACGUCUCAGUCUCACUUCUCACCGAGGAGGCAAAAGUAGUCCAUGGCCCUGAAGUGGCUCCCCAGGCGCUUGUGGCCGCCAUCGAAGCCUGUGGGUUUGAUGCCACGCUCUCCAAGACCCACACACCGCUCGUCAACACUGUCGUCUCCAUCAAGGGAAUGACUUGUGGUGCUUGUUCUGCAUCCAUCACUGAGGCUCUCAACGCCAUCCCAGGAGUGGAUCAGGCGUCCGUGUCACUAGUCACCGAGUCUGGACUCGUCCGGCACUCUGCAGCAGUCUCCACUGCCCAAAUCGUCUCCACCGUGGAAGACUGUGGUUUUGACAUCACCAUCGACUCGUCCAAGCCCAUCAAAAAAGACACCUUGCACACCACAGUGGCCAUCGUGGGCAUGACCUGCGCCUCGUGCGUGGGCUCCAUCACCACUGCACUCCGCGACAACGAACACAUCUCGGAGGUGGCGGUGUCGUUGAUCACAGAAGAAGGCUCUGUCGAGCACACCACGCAGAUCACCCCCGAGGAAAUCAAGGAAAUUAUAGAGAACUGCGGGUUUGACGCCAGAAUCAUCAAGUCCAGCGGCUCGUCCUCAGACGCCGAAGAGGAGGUGGUCAAACUCCAAAUUUCCGGCAUCGACUUCGACACCGACCUCUCCAGCUUGCAGUACAACGUGGAGGCAUACCUCAACAGUGUGAACGGAGUCACCAGCUUCGAGCUCACGCUAAACGAAUCAAAUGAACAGGUGCAGGACGUGGAGGACGAGCUGGUGAUCAACGAGCUUGCCGUCUCCUUCAACUCGUCCAUCCUCGGAAUAAGGCAAUUGCUCCAUGGGUUGAACGAAAUCGCCCAGGAGAUCGAGUUCACCAUCACAAACUCUGUGGACCAGUCAUCAUCAGCACAGCUCAAGAUCUUGUCCAGAAUAAAAGAAAUCGAGUACUGGAGACACAACUUCUUCCACUCGCUUGCACUAGGCCUUCCGGUGGUCAUAGUGUCCCACACCCAGGAAAUCGAGUUCUGGAAACGUCUUAUCAUCUUCCCAGGCUUAUACGUGGUCAGUUUGCUCCAAAUGGUAGUCACCGUAUACGUUUACUUGGUGUUGGGUAAGGUUUUCCUCAAGAAAUUCUCUCAGUUUAUCAGAAACAGAGGAAAGAAUGCUACCAUGGAUGUGUUGGUAUGCAUUUCCAUCUCGGUGUCGUUUAUGUUUUCUAUUUUGUCGAUUGUCUUCAGCGUAUGGAAGGGCCAGACAAUCAAGCCACCAAUUGUGCUAUUCGACACUGCCUGUAUGUUGGUGAUUUUUAUCUCGUUUGGAAAGUGGUUAGAAAACAAGGCCAAAGGUGCUACUUCCACUGCAUUAUCGAAAUUGUUAUCGUUGACCCCAACCAACUGUACCAUCAUCAACGACACCUCCAAAUACGACGAAUUUGUUCAACAAGCACAACACAACAAAGGAGAAAUGAUCGACUUGCCCUCCAGCAACAUCAGUGUCGACUUGAUCCAGCCUAAUGACGUAGCUAUCGUUUUGCCAGGAGGAAAGGUCCCAGCAGAUGGGCUUAUUUGUUUUGGUGAGACGGAUAUCGAUGAAUCCUUGAUUACAGGAGAAUCGUUACCGGUAUUCAAGACAAAAGGAGAUUACGUUAUCGGUGGUUCCAUUAAUGGGCCAGACUUGAUUCAUAUCAGAGUGGUCAGAUCAGGAAAAAAGUCCCAACUUCAACAGAUCAUUAAUUUGGUCAAAGAAUCUCAGAUUAACAAAGCUCCUAGUCAAGGUUUUGCUGAUUACAUAGCGGCUCGUUUCGUUCCGGGUGUUAUUCUUUUGUCCACAGUGACAUUCAUCUUCUGGAGCAUAACCUGUUACGUGCUUCAUCCCGACAACUUGCCCAUGAUAUUCAAGAACGAUGAUAAUGGAAAAUUCUUCGUGUGCUUGAAAUUGGCCAUUUCUGUGGUUGUGGUAGCAUGUCCUUGUGCCUUGGGAUUGGCAGCACCGACCGCCAUCAUGGUAGGUACUGGUGUAGGUGCAUCACACGGUGUAUUAAUCAAAGGAGGGGAUAUUCUUGAGAAGGCUCUGUCGAUCAAUGUUAUCUUAUUCGACAAAACAGGCACAGUUACUACAGGAGAAAUGGUGUUGAAUAAGUACAAGAUGGUUGGUACCUCGUCGCUUUCUGAACACGAUUGGUGGAACCUCAUUGGAGCUGUCGAAGCCUCGUCUGAGCAUCCAGUGGGUCGUGCCAUUGUUCGGGCCUCCAAGGAGAAGUUGGGACUUACGUUUGAGGAGGACACUUUCAGCACCACCAUCAGUGAGUUCAAGGCAUUGGCAGGGUUGGGAGUCAAGGCUACCGUGACCCUCGAGAGCGGGAAGGCCCACGAGAUUUGCAUAGGAAACCAAAGAAUGAUCGAGCAAAUGAGCUCCAAGUUGUUGGACUCAGGAGCAGAUAUCAUUGAGGAGUCCACCAACAGUUUGGCAUAUGUCAUCAUCGAUAACCAGUACUGUGGAUACCUUGAGUUGGAGGAUGAGAUCAAGGAUAACGCCAGAGACGUGCUUGACCAUCUCCGAAUCGUGGAGGGCUACCAGGUUGGAAUGGUGACGGGAGACAACCGCAAGACCGCAGCCAAGAUUGGUAAAGAGCUCGGAAUCCCCGAGUCCAACAUCUUCAGUGAGGUGUCUCCCAUCAACAAGGAUAAGGUGAUUGUUGAUCUCAAGAAGCGGUUGGGAGGAGACCAGAACGUGGGAAUUGCGUUUGUGGGAGAUGGAAUCAACGAUGCGCCUGCCUUGGUCCAAGCCGAUAUCGGGAUGGCCAUGAGUUCGGGCACUGACGUCGCCAUUGAAUCCGCCGACAUCGUGUUAAUUGGUGGGAAAAACGGCCAAUCCGACUUGUCGGGUGUAUUGAAUGCGUUGAAAAUCUCCAAUGCUACUUUCAAGCGAGUCAAAUUGAACUUCGUGUGGGCUGCUGCCUACAAUAUGAUUAUGUUGCCGUUUGCGAUGGGAUGUUUCUUACCACUCAAUCUCAUGUUGCCACCAAUCUUUGCUGGGGCUGCCAUGGCCAUGAGUUCCAUCAGUGUGGUGGUUAACUCAUUGAUGUUGAAGAAGAUGAACGUACCACUCAUUGAGAAGGGUAACUACAAGUACGAUCUUGAACGCGAAAUAGGAAUGGUGGAUCUGUUCAGCUUGAAGUCCGGCACCUUGCAGGAGUUUGAUAUGGUCAAGAGAAACCGCAAGACCAGGCACAGUAUCCGGGCCAAGCUCAGACAGCUCCUGGGCAGGAAUAGAACUAGCCAGGCUUACGAAAUGUUGCCUGCCGAGUAA